CAAAAAAAUGAGUCAACAAUGCUUACCGACCAAUCAAAAAAUGCAAAAGCUGCGAAAAGUGCUGCAGGAAGCUCGGGAGACGCAGAAUCGCGAGUUAGAUCUCGUCGAUAAGGGCAUUUCGUCCUUUGACGACAUCUCUGGUGUCCUGAACAUGACUUUCCUGACUCGCAUCACCUUGAGUCACAACAAACUCACCAUGCUGCCUCCGGGAAUUGCCAAUCUCGUGAAUUUGGAAAUUCUGAACUGCUCGAACAACCAUCUGGAAGAGUUGCCGUUGUCGUUGUCGUCGAUGCCAAAGUUGCGGAUCCUCAAUUGCUCGAUAAAUCGACUAAAUACGCUGCCACGAGGCUUCGGGGCCUUUCCUGUGUUGGAAGUGCUCGACUUGUCGUACAAUAAUUUGAGCGAACACACACUGCCAGGCAACUUUUUCAUGAUGGAGACCUUGCGGGCGUUGUACUUGGGCGAUAAUGACUUUGAGUUUUUGCCUCCAGAGGUGAAAAAUUUGAAGAAUUUGCAAAUUCUUGGACUUCGUGACAACGAUUUAUUGGCGAUACCAAAGGAAAUUGGGGAAUUGACGCGUUUGAGAGAGCUUCAUAUCCAAAAUAAUCGUCUUACUGUGCUUCCUCCAGAGAUCGGCAAUUUGGAUCUUUUGAGUCAAAAAUCACUCCUCAAGAUGGAAGAAAAUCCAUGGGUAGCGCCAAUUGCUGAGCAAUAUCUCGUCGGAAUCAGUCACGUGUUGGACUACAUCAAGACAGAUACAUACAAAAUUUUAUACAACCGCCAUGUCCAAGCGAACAAAGGCGACGUUCUGCCAAAAGCUGACAAGUCAAAGAAAGCAUCGAGAGCCCGUUCUUAAAAACGCAUAAUUUCAUCUGUAGCAUUUUAAUCAACAAAUUAACUGACCUCUAAUCAACGAAUUAACAAAGAAACUUUUUUUUAAGCCGUCGUAACAAAUUGUGGAAAAUAUUAUUCGAGUACAACUAACACCAUUAAGUAUUAAAGUAAAGCCGUAAAGACCCAAAUGCGAGUUUGGGCAAAAAAAAAUAA